CGAAUCUUGAACAUGACAGAUGCUUUGGCCUAUUUAAAGCAAGUAAAAAAACAGUUUUUUCACCAGCCCGAUGUCUACAACCAGUUCUUGGACAUUAUGAAGGCCUUCAAAGGGCAAAUGAUUGACACCCCGGACGUUAUCGACAAAGUAUCAGUAUUAUUUCGUGGACAUCUCAACUUGAUCCAAGGCUUUAACACCUUUUUGCCUCCAGGUUAUCACAUUGAGUGUUCGACAGAUCCUCUUGAUCCUCAUUUGAUUCGAGUAACCACUCCAAGAGGCACAACCACUCAAUCCUCGAUCCCUCAGCAAUCUCAAUCUCAAUCCCAACCCCAGCAUCUAUCUCUGUCACAAAUCUCUUCCUCUCAACAGCAGCAGCAUCAGCAACAGCAUCAGCAACAGCAACUACAAUCUCAAUCACAACAAAUUCAGAUCUAUCAUCCAACUCAAUCCACAAUUCAACAACAAAUUCAAGGUCAAGUCGAAAUGAACGAUGCAAUCAACUAUGUCAAUCAUGUUAAAGUCCGUUUUACCAAUCAACCCGAAAUUUAUAAACAGUUUUUGAAAACUUUGCAGAAUUAUCAAACUGAAAAUAAACCAAUCUAUGAAGUUUAUCAUGAGGUGACAAACUUGUUCAGAGAUGAUCCUGAUUUAUUAGCAGACUUUAAAAGAUUUAUACCUUACGAUGGUCCACAGCAAUUUAGUCUUCCACAAAGUUUAAGAACCCCUACUAAUUCUCAUCUUCCACCAGUUGGAAAUUUUCCUCCUCCCUCGGCAUCCAAAAAUUCAAUUUCAGGUCAAAUUCAAAUUCAAAAUCAGGUCCUGCAACAAUUACAGCAAGCUAAUCAAUUACAACAAAUUUCCAUUCAGCCUCCUCCAAUUGCUAAUCCUAUAAUAGCCCCAAAUAACAGAAGAUCAAAUAAUAAUUAUAUUUCUCUACAAAAUAUCAACAAUAGCAACGAUCAAUAUCCUGUUUCAAGUGAAAGAGGCGAUAUCCUACCCAACCCCAAUUAUCUAAAUAACCCAUCUUAUCAAAGACAAUCCCAAUCUCAAGUUCAAGCUCAAUCACAACCAAUCCAAAAACUUCCUCCUCAAAAGACUGCUCUAACUGAAGAGUUGGCCUUUUUUGAUAAAUGCAAAAAAUUCAUUUCAAACAGACCAACUUAUAAUAAUUUUUUGAAAUUAAUUAACCUUUUCACUCAAAAUUUAAUUGACAAAAUUACUCUUGUUGAAAGAAUUUAUAGCUUUAUUGGUUCUCAACCCGAAUUAUUUGAUUGGUUCAAAAAUUAUAUUGGUUAUGAUGGUCUUGAACCUUUAAAUAUCGAAGAUAUCCAUUUUAAAAAACAUAAAUUACAACUAGAUUUAUGUAAAGCAUAUGGUCCCUCAUAUAGACAACUUCCAAAAGCUGAAACUUAUAUGCCCUGCUCUGGCCGUGAUGAGUUGUGCUGGGAAGUCUGUAAUGAUGAAUGGGUUGGUCAUCCAAUUUGGGCUUCCGAAGAUUCGGGAUUUAUUGCUCAUCGCAAAAAUCAAUAUGAAGAAGUCUUGUUUAAUAUCGAAGAAGCUAGACAUGAAUAUGAUUUUUAUAUGGAAGCAAAUUUAAGAACAAUCCAAACUUUGGAAACAAUCGCAAAUAGAAUCGCUUCAAUGCCCCAAAGAGAGAAAGAGAAUUUCAAGUUAGAGCCUGGUUUAGGUCAUACAUCAAUAACUAUUUAUAAAAAAGUUAUCAGAAAAAUAUAUGAUAAAGAUAAAGGUUUUGAAGUAAUAGACGCUUUACACGAAAAACCAGCAAUAUCCAUUCCAAUUGUUUUAAAAAGAUUAAAACAGAAAGACGAAGAAUGGAAAAAGGCUCAUCGAGAAUGGAAUAAAAUUUGGAGAGAACAAGAACAAAAAGUCUUUCAUAAAAGUUUAGACCAUUUAGGUCUCACUUUCAAACAAGCCGAUAAAAAAUUAUUAACUACUAAGCAACUAAUUUCCGAAAUCAAUGCUAUUAAAGUUGAGCAAAAUAACUCCAUAAAGAAACUUCAUCCAUUAACACCUAAACCUCAAAAUCAAUUAGAUUAUGAUUUCAAAGAUAAAGAGAUUUUUAUUGAUAUUUCCCAAUUGUUAUGUGCGUACUUGGAUAAUAAUAAUCCUUACUCAACCAGAGACAAAGAAAAAAUUAUUAAUUUUUAUUCGUGUUUUCUAAAAUUGUUCUUUGAAUUGCCCGAUGAAUUGGUUGAAAAAUUCCAAAAUUUUACAACAGAUUCUAGUAGUAUUGCAGGAUCUACGACUCCAGUCUCUACUGGAAAUAAAAAACGUAACCGUGAUUCUGACUUACUCAGAGAUGUCCUCAAAAGAAGUAAUAAAAGAAACAGAAGAGGAGGAGAUGUCAGUGACAGUCCAGCUUCACCAUCUCAAGAUCACCAUGAUGAACUUGAUAUAUCUGAUGAGGUUGCUAAAGCUGGAGAGUCAUGGAUUGAAACAUUAGCUAAUCCUAGAGCAACAUUGGAAUUGGAUGAAUCAUUAAAUUCUAAUUCUCAAAGAAAUGUUUUUAAUUUGUUUUGCAAUACGCAAAUUUAUGUAUUUUUUAGAUUUUUAAGGACUAUUUAUGAAAGAUUGGAAGAAUUGAAGAAAAUGAAUGAAGAAACUAGUAAGGAAAUAUCUAGCCGUAUUGAUACACAAUUUGCCAAAGAUCUAGGAUUACUCUCAUCUCAAUUAAAAGACAUGGGUUAUGAAUUGAAUGGAGAAAAUCCAUAUGGACAAACAAUUGAGCUUUCGAUCAGGCUAAUUGAGGGACAAAUUGAAAGACAAUGGUUUGAGGAGACAUUAAGACAAGCAUACCGUAAUAAAGCAUUUAAGUUAUUUACAGUUGAUAAAGUCAUUCAGGGAUUAUCCAAGCAUAUUCAUACAAUAAUUUGCGAUAAUAAAUUAUCAGAAAUGAUGGUUUUAUUUGAGUUGGAUAAAAAUUAUAUUGGAAGUGCAACUAGAGAUCAAAUUAUUUAUAGAAUGAGGGUCAGAGAGUUGAUGGGAGCUGAAGAAAAUAUGUUUAGAAUUGAAUACGAUAACAAAAAUGAUCAUGUCACUAUUCAAUUUGUUGCUUUGGAUGAUUUGACCUUGAAGAAUCAUAAGAACGAUGAAGAAAAAUGGAAUUAUUACUUAACAAGUUAUAUAAUGGCACAUCCAACUGAGGGGGUUCCAGCAAAUAAAAUUUGCAUGCCAUUUUUGGCUAAUUUCGAUGACGAUUCUCAGGAUCAAAUUGAAGGUUAUACAGAUUCCCAAUUGAAAGUUCGUGUUGCCCAAGAUUCUUAUAAAUUAUAUUUUGAAGAAGGCAGUCAUGAUGAGUUUACAAGAAAUAAAACUGAAGAUGAAGAUAGUAAAGAAAACUCAGAAAAGACACCACAGAGAACUAAAGAACAAAAACUUGAAAGUUUUGUUACAAUAUUGGAAGGUAUAUAUGGCUGGAAGUGUGACAUUGAAGACGAAAAAUCAAUAGAUAAUUUUGAAGAAAGGUUCAAAAUACUCGAAGAGCAAGGUGGAGAUGCAUACAACAAUUGG